GGUUGGGGUCCCAGAGGGCCGUGCCCCCCUCCCUCUGCGGGGCGGUGUGGGGCCGGUCCCCCGCCCUGAGCGCGUUCCUGUUCCAGGCAUUCAUUCCCGGUCAUGGAGCACAAGCAGGCGGACGUGUCCAUCCCACUGCAGUCCUCCGGGUGGGGGGCGGCCGCCCCCGGCCCCCGGUCGGACCCGCAGCCCCGGGACUACGUGCUCUGGUCGGUGUUCAAUGUGCUGCUGUGGUGCGCGCUGGGCGGGCUGGGCUGCUUCGGCUUCCCCGCGCUCGUCUACUCCAUCAAGGCCCGUGACUGUAAGUUGGUGGGGGACUUGGAGGGUGCCCGGCGUCAUAGCGACCGCGCCAAGGUGGUCAACAUCGUCUGCUCCGUGAUGGUCGCCGUCACCUUGGUGAUCUUCAUCAUCCUCACGGCCAUCUUCAUCUCCACAUUCAGGGGCAUCUGACCACCGCUUGGCCCCAUCUGCGGGGUGCUUCCCCCCCACCCCCCCCCACACCUCCAAAAUGUGCCCGCUCGGGAGCGAAGGGAGUGACCCCGGUCCCCUCGCUGCCAGCAUCGCCGGUGUCCCCGCACGGCCGCGGGACGGGACGGGGCGGCCAGGCUGGGGCGCGGGGCACAGCCCCCUAUCCCCCCCGCCUUUGCUCCGCUCACGCGCUUCGUGGCACCUGUGACACACCUGUCGGUCACCAUUGCCACCGAUAAAGUCCCGCCGAGCCGCCUCGCUGUCACCUCAUUGACCUCUGGACGUCGCAGAGAGUCCUCGGGCAUCUUUGUGGCUUCCUCCUCUUCCUCCUGCUCCUCUCCCUGCCUCCAUCCUGCCGCGGAGCAGAGCGCAUCCAGCCCAAAGCCCAGGGAAGCUUCUUCCCAACAUCUUGGAUGUUAUAGAUACAUAGUAUAAUAUUAGCUUUUCGCAAAUACCAAAAUGGAUUUUAUAUGUGUAGUGUUAAAGUAACUUUGUUAUAAAGAUACAGCUUUUAUUUCUGUUGUUAAUUAAGCUUAGACGUAGUAGUGAAAUAGCUAAUAUAAGUAUGCUUGUGUUAAAAUGCCUGCUUAGAUGAGAUAACACCCAAUAAGCAUAUAAAAAAAAGACAGCUGCUUACAGAGAUUAACAACACUCACCCAGUGUAGACAGAACCAAAAGUAAUAAGAAAAAAAACCCCAAAACCACAACCAAAAAAUACACAUACUCUAAAAAAGUAAAACCAAAAAAUAGCCAUACUAAACAAUUCUUAAAAUAUGUAAACUAGUUUAAGAAAAACGUUUACCAUACAUAAGAGCCUAUAAAUAUACAACAGGCUGAUAUGAGGAAAAAACUGUUUAAGAAGUAUCUCCAAAGAUAACAGUGUGCUCUUAACAAAGUACCCAGACACUCCCAGCUGUAAUAUUUACUCUAUGUUCCUUAUCUCCUAUUAUCCUUUAUUAAACUUUUUACAUUUUCA